UCGAUCCUCGCUCCGGGCUCGCCGCACGCCGCGCCGCCGUGCCCAGCCACAACAGCAUAUACACUCACACGUAGUCAGACCAGCGACGUCACCCACCCGCCCCUCCUUUUCUCUCCACAAAUCCGCACCUCCGGUUGCGCCGCUCUCUCCUCCAGCAGCAGGCACGGCAGGCAGGCCGCCGGCGCCGAUCGACUAGCAGGCAGAGCGGAGUGGGAAUCAAAGGAAAAAAGGGAGCCGCCACCAUGCAGGAAGUUCUCCUCCCGGCCCACCCGGUGCCGUUCGGGUUCGGGUUCGGCCCAGGGCCGCUGGGCUUCGUCGAUCGCCGCCUCUGCUCCCCCGCCCUGCUGCUCCCCACCGGCGACGGCCUCAUCCACGGCGGCUGCUCCCCCUUCACCCCGAGCCCCAGGUCGUCCCCGCGGGGCGAUGGCGUCUUCUACCGCGGCUGCACCCCGAGCCCCAGGUCGUCCCCGCGCGGCUUCACCCCGAGCCCCAGGUCGUCCCCGCGCGCCGCCUCCACCCCCUCCUCAUCCUCGUCCGGCUCCCGCGUCUACGACAACGACACCGCGGCGGCGGCGACGGAGCACCGCCUGCGCAUGGCCCGCUUCGCGCUGCAGUACCAGGACGCCGUCAACCGCUACCACCUCUGCGUCUCCCAGCUCGCCGACGCCGCGCGCGAGGCCGACGCGCUCCGCCUCCACAACGCCGGCCUCCGCGGCGCCAACAACGACCUCGCCGGCCGCGUCGUAAUGCUCGGCGGCAACCGCGGCCCCGCCAUCGCCCUGGCUGGCCAGCUCCGACGCCUCCACCUCGGGCCGAUGCAGGCCAUGCCCGGGGCUCCUCCGAUGCUGCUGCCUAUGCCGUGUCCCGCCUCCCCAGGUCCUCCGAUGCUGCUGCCGAUGGCGCGGCCCGCCUUCCCGGGUCCUCCGAUGCUGCCUAUUCCGCGUCCCGUCUCCCAGGGUCCUCCGAUGCUGCCUAUUCCUCGUCCCGCCUCCCAGGGCCCUCCGAUGCUGCCGAUGGCGCGUCCUGCCUCCCCGGCCGAGAAGCACGCGGUGCUGCCGAAGAGCAUCUCCAUCCGCUCCACCGGCUACCUGAAGAUGGCCAGGAACGGCAAGCAUCGCGUGACGAAGCAGGCGAACGUCGGUUCGCAGCGCGUGUUCGUGGGCGUGGACGGCGCGAAGCCGGAGGAGGAGCAGAAGGGCCAGCUGGUGACGUCCACGGGCGGGCUGGAGUUCGAGGUGUACAACCAGGGCAUGUUCAAGACGGAGCUCUGCAACAACUGGGAGGAGGCCGGGGCGUGCCGCUACGCCGACCAGUGCCAGUUCGCGCACGGCAUCGCCGAGCUCCGCCCCAUCAUCCGCCACCCGCGCUACAAGACCCAGGUCUGCCGCAUGAUCGUCGGCGGCGCCCUCUGCCCCUACGGCCACCGCUGCCACUUCCGCCACUCCAUCACCCCCGCCGACCACCCCCUCCUCCUCGCCGCCUGACCGACCGACCGCCAAUCACUCUCUUCAGUCAUCCCUUUCUUCCCUCUAUCUAUUAUAGCAAUACCACGGAACAAACACAAUCCAGAAAAGUAGAACCAAAAAAAUGGGAGACGGUAGAUAAGGUAAAGUUAGAUCCAAAGCAAACGGCACAAUGUGAAUAGAGCUAGUUGAGCUAUUCUUAUGGGGUUGAUCUGGGAUUCUGGAUCAUGGUCUGCGACAUAGGAUUUUAAGUUGGGGGGUUCUUUCUUACAUGGUCUCUUCACAUAGCCACUGGUUACAGUUACAUCACCUUGUUUCUUAGUUGCGUUUUUGAGAGGAAAUUAUCAGAGUAGUGCUGCAACUGAAUUUUUAUUUUGAGUCUUGAUGUUAUUUUGGGGCACAUCUGGGAAGUGUCCGUAGGCGACAUCAGACUUAGUUGUACUGGUUCUGGACAAUUGGAGAUAUGUUUUUGAGGAACAACAUGUAAAGCAUGGAUUUCAUAUUCUCUGUUUCUA